AUUCGAGGGACAAUCAUGAUUGUCCCUCAAAUAGGCUUAGCGUGGCCCGAUCACCCAUUUAAUACGUUUGCAACCAUUUCAACCUUCAAGCUAUCCGGGACAGAAUAUCAUCCUCCACAUCAAAUACUUUAGCCAUGACUUCACUCCAGCCAGCUCAACAAGCUGAUAAGAGAGAUGCUAAGUAUUUUGCAUAUCUUAAGCAGAUGCUUCUAAAAGCUCAUCGCAUCAUUGAAUCAUACGAACCCUCCUCUGAAUUUUGUGUACAGCUUCACAGUUUUAUCCGAGCGCUACCUGUUCCUCCCAGAGAAGAGGCAGAAAACAAUACAACCACUGUGUUUAAAACGCAUUUGCCCUCUGAGCCUUUUCGCAACCCAACAGGAAGCCUCACUACAAGCAACCCUGCCAUUCAAGAUAAGGCUUCUCUGAAAUUCGUUAUUUACAAACCCACUGAGGACAAACCCACUGAGGACAAUUCUGCUACGCGAAUUGACUACAGAUGGAAAAAGGAGCUGAAUAUUUUUCUCUCAAAUAUACCAGAAACGGAAAAAUGGGGGAGCCCGCCACCUCGCGAGAAGAUACUUCGGCUACUACUUUGCCGUAAGGUUCGAUUCGACAAGGUUCGGCUCGACGGGGAUGGGAGUGGGGCCAGGGAUGACGACGGAGACGACGACAGAGAGGACGAUGGUCAAGACGAGUGGGAUGAAAGGUGUCGUGCCUAUGCCAGCUCUACCGCAGAAGCAAUGGAGAUAAAUUCCGUUUUCCGGGGGAUAUUGGCGUUUCGCGUCAUCAUUGUGGCCCUGGCGUGUGUUGUGAUGUUAGAGAAUGGGGCCGAACUCGCCGACGCCGAGUCAAUCUUGAAAACUUGCAUUCCCACUCUAAGCACGGCGAUGGGAAGAACACUCGCACAGAAUAGACACGCUGCAAAGUGGGUCAAUUCGCAGAUUUUGGAACUCCGUAAGGUUGGAUGGGGAGAUAGGAGUGCAGAGGUCUUUCUUCUAUAUGGGCAGAGUAUCUCGAAGUUUAGACUGAUAUGUUCAAACACAUGUAGCGGUGAUGCAUUCAUCGCGGGAAUGAAAAAGAAAGGCAAACCUAUACCAAAACUAGGUGACAAUGAGAUGCCAAUAUCUAUUCCUUGCAUCGUCAAGCGCUGCUGCGGGAAAUCUGCUUCGUUAAGGAAAGUCUGUGAAGUUCUUUCCUACGAUUUCAGGGAGGUCCACCCUUUAUACAAGGAAUUCUAUGCUUCUCGAGAUGAUUUGGACGGCGAGAGCGACGGCCCCGAAUACGCUGCGGAAUGUCCAUCUGAAAGCAAUAUUAGCGGUUAUGAAGCUCACACCAGUGGUAGCGAGGCACCCACUCUCUGCACCUCGUCGCUUGGGACGGGUCGAGAUACGGACGAACCUGCAGCAAAUCUGGAAACACCUACAGAUGCGGCUGGAGACACACCUUGUGCGAAUGGGCCGAACAGGUGGCCACAUGCGAGCAUCGAUCGUAGCGAAUAUCAGCCUUCGCAACAAAGAAGACAAGACGGAGAAGUAGAUGAGACUUCUUCAGCCACGGAAUCGAGUACUCCAAGUACUCCCUCCCAGGACGGAAAUUCGAUCGCUACGAGGCCCCAACAGCAGGCAGGCUCAUGGAUAGAAGGGGGACCUGGGCAGCAGUGUGAUAGCCAGCCAAGGGCGAAACGUCGGCGAACGGAUGAUGUGCGGGGUGGACAGACGAGCAGCGUGUCUGGAUCGAUUCAUAGCUCCCAAAACGCACAAAACCGGUCACAGAGUGAUGUGGUUGGGCAUGGCUCAACUAAUAUUUCGACAGAAUGGGUGUCGACAAGGCCCGAGACAACAAAUAAUGGAGGACAACAGGCAAACAAUCUGUCGGGCUUCCGAUUGCAGUUACCAUCACUUUCCGUACGCCCCAAUAGGCAACAUUCGGAUUAUUCCACACAAACCUUGAACCAACGGAGUGUCGAGCCAUAUACCCACCAGGCCGGUUCCGCUCCAACAGUAAAUGUGUAUGCUAAUUCCCAAAGGCAAAACCAACACCAAGUCCAACAAACGCGCAAUACUUCUCUGACCCACGUUGCACCACGCGCCUUCACGCCUACCCCAUCAAACAAUUCUCAAGCCUAUAACCUCCCCACCAAUAGAGCACCAACAUACGCCCCCCCAGUACAGGGGUUUUUAGAUCACCAAACCAUGGUUGUGCGUCAGACACCAGCGGCGCAUACGGCCACCAUCGGGGCGCUUCUGAAUACAAAUGAAGAAGCGACCAUCAAUACAGGAGUUGGUGCGCCAGUAAACUCUUUUGACCACCGCGGAAUGCCAAUAUCAUGGGGAGACUCUCAGCAUCAGCGCCAAGCCCGCCAAACGCAUAGCAUUCCCCAUUCCCUUGGGACAUCAACUCAACAUAGAUUGAUUCAGGAGGUGCGAGGCCAGGUGGAGGGCGCCGCAAGUACAAAUAAUCCGGUAGCUAUUCAUACGGCUUAUACUGGAUUAUCUGACACUGAUUACAACGGCCAACAACUCGCUGCGGAAUCAGGAAGUUUACCAACCGCAACCAACCACCAAAACAACCCCUACGGCAAUCGGGGAUCGUAUUCUGGCACUGGUCCAUGGCAGCCUAGUAGCGGCUUUGACCCGUUUUCUGCUACUAGGUAUACUCCCAACAUUGAUUCAUGGACAGCGCAGCAAAGUAACCUGAACUCCGUGCCUGUCUCUCUUAACACCGACACAUGGACAGCGCAGCAAAGCAACCUGAACUCCGUGCCUGUCUCUCUUAACACCGAUACAUGGACAGCGCAGCAAAGCAACCUGAACUCCAUGCCUGUCUCUCUUAACACCGAUAUAUGGACAGCGCAGCCAAACAGCUUUAAUUCUCUGUCUACUAGUACACAUUCCUGA